UUCCUUGGCGGUUCCCCGUCUCCUCUGAAUCUCCGGUUCUUCUUCCGCCUCCCAAAUGAACCGUGGCCCGUUCAGACCUCAGCGGAGUCCCGGAGCUCCAGGGCCGGCUGGAAGGUUCCCCUCCCCCGGCUCCAGCUGGGGUUUCCCCGGAGCUCGCUCCCCGUAUGGAGGCUCCGGACAUCGAGGAGCUUCACCCCGGGGCUGUGGCGCUUACUCCCCGGGUUCCCCGGUAUACUCUCCGGGUUCCGGUCGAGGAUACCGGGACGGUCCUCCCGGUGGGUUCGGCAGCGGAUCCCGGUGCUUCCCAGGACAGAUGCGGGGCAGAGGCGACGGUUUCCGGCGGCCUCAGUCCUUCAGUCCCGGUUCAGCUCAGAAGUUCCAGUCUUCAGAUGCGUCGGUGGAAAAAUAUUUCAGUCCAUCGAUGGUUCAAGAUCCUUGGAGACAUCUGCAGCCACUGACAACAACAGAUGCAUCACACAACAGACACACAACAUGACAACUCACAUAACAGUCACAACAUGAUGAUGACGACACACAACAUGAAGAGGAACAACAGAUGUUCUGACAGAAAAGAAAUAAACAUCAGUUACGAGACUGUUUGUCAUCAGGUGUUGUUGUUAAUGUCUUGUUGUUACUUUGUGUUUUGUUUGUGUUGGUUGUGCAUAAGUUCUGUUUGCGUUAUUAUUAUUUUUUUUUCUCUUUCAGGAUUGAUUUUAAUUUAGGAUCAUUACUUUGACCGUUUUCUAAAUUAACAGGUUUUUUUUAAGAAAACAUUUAAACAAAGUUUGAUUAUUUUUCACAUGUUUCAAUCAGUUUGUAAAAA